UUUAUUCGCCAUCAGCUGCUCCCUGAUAAAGUGGAAUAAUAAUAAUAAUAAUAGGGGCAGGAAUAUUAAAACAUGCAGCCCGCGGGCCGCCCCCACAGCUGCCAUGAGACACGGCACCGGAGCGGUGCCACUGCUGCUCAACAUGUACCUGCCAGAUCCAGUUGGCGAAACUUUGUUCAAAGACGGGAAGAGCCAGGCGUGGGGGUCUCUCAGCCCCGGCGUGCAGAAAGGCAGCGGGCAGAUCCAGCUGUGGCAGUUCUUGCUGGAGCUGCUUUCGGACCGGGCCAACCUGAACUGCAUCGCCUGGGAAGGCACAAAUGGGGAGUUCAAGCUGAUCGACCCUGAUGAGGUGGCGCGGCGCUGGGGCGAGCGGAAGAGCAAACCCAACAUGAAUUACGACAAGCUGAGCCGGGCGCUGCGCUACUACUACGACAAGAACAUCAUGACCAAGGUCCACGGCAAGCGCUACGCCUACAAGUUCGACUUCCACGGGCUGGCACAGGUGUGCCAGCCAACCACCCCCGAUCACACUCUCUACAAAUUUCAGGGCAACCUGGCACCACUGCCCUUCUCGGGCAUCUCCAAACUCAACCUCAUGACCUCGGGAGUGACACCAGCUGGCUUCUCCUACUGGCCUGGCUCCAGCCCGUCCCUCUACCCUGGGCAUGGGCUCCAGCCCUCAGCCUCGUUCAGUGCCAUGGCAGCCUCCCACCUCAACAACAUGAACAACCAUUACCAUUAGAGGCUCAGCUGUGCCAAGUGGAUGUGUCAUGUCCCUGGCAGCAUGGGGCUGUGGAUUUGGGAAGCUCAGCGGGGAGGGAUGCGGGAUGGGAUUGUGGCCUGCUCUCACUUGUCCCCCUUUUGGUUUGAUGUGGUGUGGGGGAUGGGGGUGCUUGCAGGAUAGCUGGGUUGGUUCUUUGAUGUGGGUGGCUGGAGGAGGGAAGCCAUCAAAAUUUGAGAAAGUAUCCAUGAUCCUGGGAACAGAUGUGGCUACCUAAAGCGGGGUGUGAAUGGAAGGAAAAACCAUGUGCUGCUCUCCUGGCAGGGACAUUGCCCCACCUUUUCUUAGCAACAUGUUGACCAUGCCAUGAAUGUCCUUA